CACGUGGAACUAGUAAAAGAAACAUGGCGACUGAGAGAUUACAAGUGAUAUGGUCCCCAGUGACUGAGAGUGAGUUUGCUACUUAUGGAAAUGAACUGAGAGUCUAUAAUCAUGAGCCAAUGGGACUGGAGGAGAGGGACACCACCAGUACAGAUAUUAUCCUUUCUUCUACUCAUAGAGGAAGAUUGAUAGGAGCUAAUUCUGAAGUAUCCUGUUCCCCUGGUUACCAGACUGUUGCUUGGCAACCGAACAAAGACAAUCCUCACUUUUUUGCAGUCGGUCAAUCUAACGGAAAAGUUUCCUUAUUAAAUUUGUUAUCAAAGCAGCCAAUUCUCAGUAGUCAUGGUUUCCAGUUAGUUCCAAAGUCUCUCGGCCGACUCUGUCACUGUGUAGCAUGGAACCCAAACAAUACCAGACUGUUAGCAGAAGGUCUUGAGAAGUCCCGUAGUGAUUCCUCACUGAUAGUCUGGGACAUCACCCACGCAUCAACUGUACAUGAUAGGACUGGAUCACGUGUUCCUGAUAAUACUGGACCUGAAGAAAGGAGCAAGUUUUAUGAAACAGGUCAUGGUGAAAGCACUAGUUCAUUGUCAUGGUUACAAGAGAAUGCGCUAGUUGCUGGUAUGGGGUCAAGGUUUCUUAAAGUAUUUGACAUAAGAGAGGAGCAUCACAGUGUAUUGCAAACUGGAGGAGGUCAGAGAGAAUUUGCUCAACAUAAAGCAAUUUAUGGACUAACUAUUGACCCUAAUAAUGGAUAUCAACUGGCAUCUUAUGCUGAAGGUAGUACUGUCUACCUUUGGGACAUUCGCUCAUUUCAAAGACCAAUGUACUCAUUCCAAAGGUCAGGGACUGUACUCCAGCUGUCAUGGCUAGCUACAAGGCCAGGAUCACUGAGUGCUGUCUUCUCAGAGUCACCCUAUCUGAGGAUCAUUGACAUACCCUUCCUCUCCCAAGGGUCAGAUAUUGGAGAAACUUACACUGAAUAUUUCAAUUCACACAUCAGCGAUAGGUGUCCACUGUCUUCAAGACAAGGGUGGGGGAGGAAGAGGUCAGUGGUAUCACUGCAGUGGAACAAUCACUGGCUCAACACUGGACUAAUAACUAAUAAUGAAGGAAAGGUGCAGGAGAUUAAAGUUUCUGAUAAAACCUCAUUAUCCUGGGGGAGUGGCCAGUCCUUGAUUGUUGGGUCAGUUGGACUUGGUACUAAUCAUGAUAAUAAAGAUCUAUUGUCAGAUGAUAUUUCUGUUGUAAUGAGAAAAAGAGUUGAAGCUGGUUACGGAUUUAAUAUUGGUAAGAACAUUGAAGUGACAUCAAAUGAUGUGACACUCUCCAACGUAUGGACCUGGAUUAACAUACAAGUCUCCUCCUCUUCAGAUUCCAUGAAGAACAUUAACGGAGUCAAUCAAGUACUUGAUAAUUUGUCUGGUUCCACGAGGUGCCUUCCAAGCAGUGGGUUUGUUACAUAUUCCAGUGCUAAGAGAUCCCUUGCUCUUGAUUUGUGUGGGUGGAGCUUCUGCUGUGACAAUAAUGAGACUCUUGAUUCAUUCCUUAAAAGGGAGGAAUUCUCAGAAAGAUAUGAACGGGCAGCGGCCAUUGCUGUAUUUCAAGGAAACCUUAAAACUGCCAACGAUUGUUUGAAAGAAGGAGCCGAGAAAAUAAUUAAUAGAGGAAAGAAACUGGAGGGUAGUUUAUUAAAUUUAAUUGCUCUUUCGUUGUCCGGAUACACUUCAUCCGAGCAGUCUCUUUGGCAAAGAACUUGUUAUCAUAUUUCAGAACAGAUCACUGAUCCUUACCUCAGGGCUAUAUUCACCUUCUUGUGCUCCAAUGGAGACUUUAACAGCAUUCUACAAGAUGAUUCACUGAUGUUGCAGGACAGGGUUGCCUUUGCUUGUACUUAUCUUGAGGAUAAAAAGUUAAAAGAAUAUGUAACCAGCCUUAAGGAGAAAGUUAUAUCUUCAGGAAAUAUUGAGGGAAUAUUUCUAACUGGUCUGAAUAAUGAUGGUAUCUCAUUACUAGCUCAAUACGUUAAUAAAACUGGAGAUGUUCAAACAGCAUGUUUCAUAUGUACUCAAGUAUUACCAGCUGUUAAUAGGAACAGGACGGUACACAGCUGGUUUGAAGGUUAUAGAGAUUUGUUGGAUCAGUGGAAGCUAUGGAACGAAAGAGCUCAUUUUGAUCAUCAGCGGAAGCUGAUUGACCCGUCUUUUAAACUAGUGAAGAAUGCAUCGAUACUCUGUACCUUCUGCAGUAAAGCAAUUACCAGUGACGUCAUGAGACAAGAUCGGUCUAAAGGAACCGCUAAAAAGUCGACUAGUUGUCCCAGUUGUCGUAAGCCGCUCCCAAGAUGUGCUCUGUGUCUCCUCCACAUGGUGGCAGGAACUAGCAAGGGGAAGGACCCAGGUGUGAUAAACUCGUCUGACCAGUUUGGUCAGUGGUUCACCUGGUGCCAGACCUGCCGUCAUGGGGGCCAUGCCCUUCACAUCAAAGAAUGGUUCCAGUCUCAUAAUGUUUGUCCAGUUACUGAUUGCAGCUGUCACUGUCUCCUCCUUGAUGGGUGCACCUAAUUAAUAUUCAUUGUUAAUUAAUUUACGACUAAUAAAUUACAUGUAGAAGGUGUGGUAUAUUAAUUUAAGUGUGCUUUCCAGGGUAAUCAUAUAAUUAUUACUAUCUUUAUUAAAUUUGUUAUUACAGUCAGCAAAAUAACUAGGUACUUAUAAUUCUGUAAUUUCCACACUACAUGUCUUGUGUUGAUAUCAUUAUUAUUAAUCUUGUGUCUCAUUCCUUCAGUAAACA